GAUACAGAUAGAGAAGAAGCUUGCUGUUUCCUCUGAGAGCUAUGGCCAACCUUUCGAUCCCUCUCCCUCGAAACGCCUUUUCCGUCCGCUAUUCCUUCCCCAAACGCUCCAUUCUCGCUAAUUCUGCGCCCCGCUUCUCCAUAGCCGCCCGUUGCUCUGGUGAGUUGGAUGGUGGCUCUGAGACUAAUGAGAGGUUAGUUACUUUCAACAAUAUCAAGAGCUUGACCUGUGGUAUUCUAGCUGCUUGGACUGUGACUGCUGCUGCUUUUCCCGUUAUUGCUGCUAGCCAGAGGCUGCCUCCAUUGUCAACAGAACCCAAUCGUUGUGAGCGUGCAUUUGUAGGUAACACAAUUGGUCAGGCAAACGGAGUUUAUGACAAACCCUUAGAUCUUCGGCUCUGUGAUUACACUAAUGAAAAGAACAACUUAAAGGGGAAGUCUCUAUCUGCGGCACUCGUGGCAGAUGCAAAGUUUGAUGGUGCAGACAUGACAGAAGUUGUGAUGUCAAAGGCUUAUGCUGUCGGUGCUAGCUUCAAAGGAGUGGACUUCUCAAAUGCAGUAUUGGACCGAGUGAACUUUGGGAAAGCUAAUCUUCAAGGAGCUGUGUUCAAGAACACAUUACUGUCAGGGUCCACAUUUGAUGAAGCAAAGUUGGAAGAUGCAGUAUUUGAGGAUACUAUUAUAGGUUACAUUGAUCUUCAGAAGCUAUGCACAAACAAAACUAUCAGUGAUGAAGGGAGGGCUGAGCUGGGAUGCAGGUGAACUGAGUAGACAACUGCUAUAUCUUAAACCGAUAGGCAUUUGAUCUCCGCUGACGCUUUAUAAUUAACGUAUUCUCUCAUGCAAUUCGUUAUACUGACAAACUGUAGACAAUGGUAUUGGCAUAUCUAAUAGUAUUAUAUAUUGUUAACA